GGACAUCCCAUCCGUCGUUCCUCUCGCCCAAAAAUAUCUAUCAACUUCCGACCUCAUGCCUCUAAAUUCACGGAGACUACCGCAUCUAUUCCGAAUCUCCCAGUUUCGACCCAUUCAUCAAAGUAUGUCUUUAAAUCUAAGACAACGUUCAGUGGUCUCCUCUUUUAUCUGCACGUCACCCUCCUCUCCAAACGGACUCACCUUCGCGCUGUUCAAGCGCAGCAAUGAUGUCAAUUCAUACCAGGGCAAAUGGGCUGUCUGCUCCGGCUCCAUCGACGCGGAUGAUCCCAGUCCCGAAGCAGCAGCAAAACGAGAAAUUCAAGAGGAGACAACGCUCUCAGAUGUCGACAUCACUCUCCUCCGAAAAGGAAAGCCGUUUAGUCUUACAGAUGAACGCUUGAACACGAGAUGGACCAUCCAUCCGUUUGCGUGGCAGCUGAAGGACGGCGCUAAAGAGAUCAAGUUCGACUGGGAGCAUACGGAGUACAAGUUCAUCAAGCCUGAAGAUAUCCAUGAGUAUGAUCAUGUACCGCAACUUGAGGUGGGGAUGGAGAGGGUGCUUGUUCGCCCAGAGACCGAGGAAGCGCUGGCCGUGUUGAGGAAUGAUCAUGAGAGCGGUGCUCAGGCGUUGGCUGUAAAAGCGUUGGAAAUGCUGCUGAAAGCUGUUCGGGGCCGGGAACUUUCGCAGUUGGCGACUUCUGAAGAAUUCUGGGCUGAGUUGAGAUGGAGAACAUGGCAUCUUGCAAAGAACGGAAGGCCGAGUAUGGGAGCAGCGAUCGAGGCCGAACUCUUCAAGACCUUGGACUUUGUUUCAACGCGGGUGUCUUCUUCUGUGUAUGAGGGGAUCGGCGGUAUUCCCUUGUCUGAUCUCAAGGGCAUCACGGAGACAGCAAUUUCCGAGCGAAUCUCAGCCACGCAACACAGCUUGGAAAGCCUCGCACAGUACUGUCUUGAUUGUAUGAGACCAAAGAGCUUCGAGUCAGUCACAAAUAUCGUGACCCUCUCCUCGUCCGGAUCGAUAACUCGGACUUUGGCCAGAUUCGUGGAAAGCACGACAAAAAAUAGAGGAUACGUCAAAAUCACAGUUCUCGAGUCACGCCCCGGCUUCGAAGGUGUAGCUUUCGUCAACACUCUACUCGACUCACUCCGGGAGGACAAAGACAUUCAUUCCCACCUUAAGAUUGAGAUUGUUUCCGAUGCCAGCAUUGCCACUGUUAUUGGAGAUGCACAGUACCUGAUAUUCGGUGGUGACAAAGUCCUACCCAAUGGCAACGUGAGCAACAAAAUCGGUACCCUCACAGCGGCCAUGUUAUCAAAGGAGCUGAAUCCAGCAUGUAAAGUCCUUGCAUUGUUCACUACGAAUAAGAUCACCGGCUCAGGAUUUGACUCGGAACAUCUGAAGGUUGAGUAUAAUGAUCCGAAAGAAUUGACUAGUGCUUGGCCGGAGAGUUACAGGCAGCAGCUGAAUGAAAAUCAAGAAAACGGAUAUCAGGUUGAGGUGAAGAAUGCAUAUUUUGAGUGGGUACCCGCGAAGUAUAUUGAUCAGUAUAUCUCGGACAUAGGCGCGCUGGAGAAGGCAGAUAUUGAACGAUUGGCCAGUGAGGGCGAGGAGCUUGAGAAGAGGAUAUUUGGGGACUUGUGAGUGUCAGUUGCGCAUUCACAAUCAGGCCCCAUUCAUACAUAGUUCAGGAUACGUUACUUUAAAGGGUAUUUACACUCGUCGACUAAACCAGGCCAAUGAAUGCAACCACUUCCAACCAGAAGUUACAAAGGUUCGCUUUAGGGGCUAAUCC